AUGUCUGGGACGCGGCUGAACUUCGGAUGCGAUCAGAGUUGGUCGCCAAGGAAGCCAAAUAUUCUAUCGUCUUCGGACGCGUGGUUGCACCGCCGACAGCCGACAGCACGACGACAUGCUUCGCUGCACCCGCAUCACGCAUUCAUAGCUAUGAAAUUCGCCAAGUCCGGAUAUUUUGAUUACAAGCAAGCAAAGAAGAAACUCAAAGCUGUUGCAAAAGCCAUCAGAAGCCUUCCACCUUCUGCUACAUCCAGGACUACACCCGGCAAUUCUCUCGUAGAUGCCCCGGUCGCCACACUCUUGCGCCGUAAAAAGCCUUCUCUUGCAUCCGGACUCGCUCAACACCCGCCGCUCUCGCAUGUACGCUCGAAAAGUGACUCGCACAGCGGCGUGAACCCACGCAGUACCAUCGAUUUCGCCCACGGAGCCGUGGAUGAGCGCAGUCCCUUGAACACCCGACACCAAGCGCAUGAUGGACGGCCCGGCGCAAACCAGCGCAUGACAAGCUACGGCAGCAUCAUCGGGAGUCCGCCUAGUGAUGCAGACCGCAAGAGGAAACGCCAGGAUGCGGCUUCGUUAGAAUUACCUGGUCCUGCGCUUGCAGUAGAAGACGCUGCCGAUCAUUACCCACCAGUAAGCCCAAGAACGUCUCCAGUGAUUCCAGCCAAACCGGGACAGGCUGCGCCGCCUGCUGGAGAACUGUCAACAUCAUUAUCUUCAGAGUCAUACACCCCUCAUCCCCCGGCUACACAAAUGGGCCACGUCGGCAAUGCAUAUGCGAUAAGACCAGCAAUAGACCAGCCUCAAACUCCUGGCGGAGCUUCUUCACGUCUUCGAGAUCUGUUCCCUCGACGGACGAAUUCCAACCCUGACAGCCGACCAUUCAUGAGGCGGAUGUUCUCAGUGACUGGCAAUACCACUCCUAAGAAGGCACGCGCUGAUCGCGAUGUAUCGCUGGAAGCAUACAAAGAGCUCGACUUUAGGCAGGCCGAGUUCUUUCUCUUCCUGGAUCGUGAGCUGGCAAAAAUUGAAACCUUCUACAGGACGAAAGAAAAUGAGGCUAAGGAACGACUCGAGGCGCUGCGAGAACAACUCCAUAUCAUGCGUGAAUAUCGUCUGGCUGAGAUUCAGGCCGAAGAGGAGAGGCAUAGACACUCUCAUGAAGAUUCAAAUGGCCCUGCAAACACUCACCAAAUCAACGGGCAGAACGGCAAGGUGAGCUCAGAAGUGCCAUACAGGACUGCCAAAAGAAAAAUGAAGUCUGCUCUUGCCGAGUUCUACCGCCUGCUGGAGCUGCUGAAAUCAUACGCGUUGGUGAACCGCACCGCAUUCCGAAAGAUCAAUAAAAAGUACGACAAAACUGUAGAUGCACACCCUAAGCUGCAGUAUACCUUAGAGAAGGUCAACCUUUCGCAUUUCGUUGCAUCUGAAGAGGUCGAGCACCUCAUGGCGACCGUGGAAGACCUCUAUGCUCGGUACUUUGAGAAGGGCAACAGAAAGGUGGCAGUCAGCAAGCUCCGGACCAAAACUGCCAAAGCUGGCGAUUUCACCGGACCAGUCGCACGUACAUGCGCUUUACUUGCAGCAGGCUCUGUCUUGGGUGUACAAGGACUUGUCAAAGGAGCCGAACUGCUUUUCACAGCACCAGAACCAAAACAUGUCCAUGUGGCGUACUUGCUUCAGCUCUACGCCGGGUACUUUAUGAUGGUCUUAUUGGCAUUCCUAUUCGUCGGAUGUGCCGGAUUCUUCACCGAGUUCAAAGUCAACUACCAAUUCAUUUUUGAGCUCGACAGCAGGCAAGCACUCAACUGGCUACAGAUGUCGGAGAUCCCGGCCUGGCUCUAUUUCCUCCUUGGCGUCACUAUAUGGCUCAAUUUCGACAUUCAAGCGGGUGGAGAUACCAUGUUUCUAUAUUGGAUCGUGGUACUGAUCGGUCUCGCUGUCGUUGCUCUCUUCCUUCCAUUUCCGAUCCUGUAUCACAACGCCAGAAAGUGGUUUCUGUACACUCUGUGGAGACUAGUAUGCUCAGGACUGUACGGUGUCGAGUUCAGAGACUUCUUCAUGGGCGACAUGUUCUGCUCACUCACGUAUUCUAUCGGAAACAUUGAGCUUUUCUCCUGCUUGUUCGCUAGGAAUUGGAAUACGCCUUCUGUGUGUAAUUCAUCGAAUAGCCGGCUGCUUGGAUUCUUGACGACUUUGCCCGGUAUCUGGCGUGCUUUUCAAUGUAUCCGACGUUAUCGAGACACGCGCCAGGUCUUUCCUCAUCUGGUCAACUGCGCGAAAUAUGGUGCCACCAUACUACAGUAUAUGACAUUGUCGCUGUAUCGGCUCGACCAGAACAACAAGAUGAGGGCUCUAUUCAUCAGUAUGGCGACAGUGAAUGGCAUCUAUUGCAGCAUUUGGGAUAUCUUCAUGGAUUGGAGCCUGGGCGACCUCUACGCACCAAAGAAGUUCCUGCGACCGACUCUUGCCUACCGUAAGAAGGCAUGGAUCUACUAUGCUGCCAUGGUGAUCGAUCCCAUUCUUCGAUUCAACUGGAUUUUCUACGCAAUAUACACAUCUGACGUCCAGCACUCGUCGAUCGUGUCGUUUCUAGUCGGAUUCACAGAAGUUUUGCGAAGAGGCAUGUGGACGGUAUUCCGUGUUGAGAACGAGCACUGCACAAACAUCGAGAGGCAGAAGGCUAGUAGGGACAUACCUCUUCCGUACAAGAUUAUGGAGCAAGACUCGACUAGUCGCGGGGGUAGCAGCGAACAGCAGAUGGCCGGCUCACCCGUCACUCACGCACUGCACAGAGUUGGCACGACAAUUCGUGCGGCUCACGCCUUCGACUACGAAAGGAAAAAGAAGCCAGAAGAGAUGGGGACUCAGCCUGAUAGCGACGACGACGACGAUGACGAGGAAAGCGAUCGCGAGUCAUGA